UCUCUGUUGUCCCUUUAAAUGGCCCUCACAUUUCUGGGGACUUGGGGGGGGGGAGGUGGCAAGCCGCCUGCCUGGGGGGCAGGGCCCUUGGUUCGUCCACACAAUCAGGGGUGGUAAUGAUUUAAAGGGACAGCCUCGGUGUGGCCGCUGCCACCCUGUGCUGGCGGGAGGGGGAGCCGGCAAGCCAUGUCUGGGGAGGCUUGGCUGGUGAGCAGGGCAUUUAAGGCUGAGUCUGUUGCGGGGCCUGCCAGGUCUGGGACAGUGCUGCGGCUGGGAAGGUGCAAGGAGGGGUGACAGCCUGCCUGGGGGGUACACAGCCUGGGCUUUCUCCAGGGCCCCACCUUUGGGUACAUGACUCCUUGGCCAAGAAUCCUUGAGUCCAAACUAUGGAGCCUGUCGGCCACCAGGUGGGGGACCACCAGCUGGUCUGCAGGUCAGUGGCCUGGCCUGGGCACUUUGGAGCUGGCACUUAAGCUUCCCCUUUUGUUGUUUGGCUCUGUGCACAAGAAAGCCCCAGCCCCUCCCCCAACCCAGCUCCCCCUUCCCGUCCACAUGCCCCCCUCACACAUACACACACACACACACACACACACACACACACACAAACACACACACCCCAGCUGUUGGACAGAUGAAUUACAGCCUCCGGCUUGGGGCCAAGGCUGGUGAGUGAUUAAAGCUCUGGGGCUGGCCCUUUAAAUGGCUGUUAGCCCCUCCCCCACUCUGUUGUCCAGACACCCCUCACACACGCCUCUGACCCCCUUGGCCUGUCCUAACGUCGGCCCACUAGGCUAGCCCUUCCCAAGUCCCUUCCCCUAGCACAACCACAAAACACAGAUGCUAGACUAUAGAUACUCCCUGCUCCCAGGUUGUGAGCCUCCCUGUCCUGGAGAGUUCCAACCUCAAGUUCCCUUCCCCAGAGGAAGGGCCUGGCCUGCCUGACCUCACCCACCUACAGCUGACCACUACCCUGGCCCAGGGAGGGGACCUUGGUGGGUCAGAAAUAGCACCUCCCUGGGGGCAGUGUCAUCAGCAGCCACAGAAGCUUGCAGAACAUUGCAUCAUGGAGACUGGGGGCUAGAGGCCUGAGUCUCUGGGGCAGGGGGAAGGAUGGGGGCUGGAGGGCCAAGGAAUAUAGAGAUUAGAUUAGGAGCCCAAGUGUUAGGGUCCAUAAGGGCAGAGAACUAUGACUAAGGGAGCAGAAAACAGGUUCCUGAGGAGCGAGUCUGAGGUGAGGGGCCACUUAACUCUGACCCCUGGAUGGACACCUGAUUCUUGGCCUUGGACUUACACUAAAAGACCUAGCUUCUUGUCUCUGAGGGUUGGGAAGGGAGCGGGCCUCUAUCACCUUCUUAGGCCACAUAAGAGGAAGGAGGUGAUGGGGAAACAGGAUAUUGCCUUGGCGGUGGCAGGGAGGGGAGGCUUGCAGCAGAGGCUACUUCCAGGCUCAGGCCCAGAGUCAUAGUUCUUGCAGGGGAGGAUGGCCCCUCCCUGUUGGUCCCGUUCAUCUAGUCUGGCUACCUGUGCUGCUAGCCAAGACCUGCCUGCACCCGCCUAGGGGAACAGGAGGGGGCAGAGUCCAGAGGGUGGGGUUGACUGUCUCCUGUCUUGAUAACGUUGGAGAGGAUACAGAGCUGAAGGAAGCAGGUCUGCAUGUCCUGGUGCUAGAACUCAGGCUGGCUUGGGUAUAGAUGAUAGGGCAGCUGGGGUAACUCUGGGGCCAGGGAGUCUCAGCAGGAGGGUCCUGUCAGAAGAGGGAUCAGGGGUUGGGUAUCUGCUGUAGACUUACUCACAGGCCAUACCAGCCUGCUUCCCGAAGGGGAAGGUUGGAUGACCAGUUUGGGGAUGGCUUUUUCUGGUUGCCACGGAAACAGAUUCUCCUAUCCUAUCUGACCACCAGAGCCAGGUUUCUCCUUACUGAGGGGGCAGGAAGCCCAGGGAAAUUCUCCAGCCUGGGAGACCCCACCUCUAAUUGACUUUUUUCUUUUAGGUUCCCCCCAGGGCAACAUGCCAGCCCCGUAGCACUACCCACCCCACCCACCGUGGUCUGUUGUACCCCACUGCUGGGGUGCUGGUUCCAAUGAGACAGGGCACACCAAACUCCAUCUGGCUGUUACUGAGGCGGAGACACGGGUGAUGAUUGGCUUUCUGGGGAGAGAGGAAGUCCUGUGAUUGGCCAGAUCUCUGGAGCUCGCCGACGCGGUGAGAGGACGCUCCCACGGAGGCCGGAAUUGGCUGUGAAAGGACCCAGGCAGCCAUCUGGGGGUAGCGGGCACUCUUUAUCAGAGCGGCUGGAGCCGGACCAUCGUCCCAGAGAGCUGGGGCAGGGGGCCGUGCCCGAUCUCCAGGGCUCCUGGGGCCACUGCUGACCUGGCUGGAUGCAUCGGGCAGUGGACCCUCCAGGGGCCCGCGCUGCACGGGAAGCCUUUGCCCUUGGGGGCCUGAGCUGUGCUGGGGCCUGGAGCUCCUGCCCGCCCCAUCCCCCUCCUCGUAGCGCAUGGCUGCCUGGAGGCAGAUGCUCAGCCAGCAUUGGGCAGCCCCCGCUUCCUGCACCCCUACCCCCUUCACAUGGCAGUAGUUCUGGGCACCCCAACAAACCAUAUUAUGCCCCAGGGGUGCCCACUCCAAGACCCCUCCAUGGGAAGCUGGAAUCCCUGCAUGGCUGUGUGCAGGCACUGCUCCGGGAGCCAGCCCAGCCAGGGCUGUGGGAACAGCUUGGGCAACUAUACGAGUCAGAGCAUGACAGUGAAGAGGCCGCACGUUGCUACCACAGUGCCCUUCGAUACGGAGGAAGCUUCGCCGAGCUGGGGCCCCGCAUUGGCCGACUGCAGCAGGCCCAGCUCUGGAACUUUCAUACUGGCUCCUGCCAGCACCGAGCCAAGGUCCUACCCCCCCUGGAGCAAGUGUGGAAUUUGCUGCACCUUGAGCACAAGCGGAACUAUGGAGCCAAGCGGGGAGGUCCCCCAGUGAAGCGAGCUGCCGAACCCCCGGUGGUGCAGCCUGUGCCUCCUGCAGCACUCUCAGGCCCCUCAGGGGAGGAGGGCCUCAGCCCUGGAGGCAAGCGAAGGAGAGGCUGCAACUCUGAACAGACUGGCCUUCCCCCAGGGCUGCCACUGCCUCCACCACCAUUACCACCACCACCGCCACCACCACCCCUGCCUGGCCUGGCCACCAGCCCCCCAUUUCAGCUAACCAAGCCAGGGCUAUGGAGUACCCUGCAUGGAGAUGCCUGGGGCCCAGAGCGCAAGGGUUCAGCUCCCCCAGAGCGCCAGGAGCAGCGGCACUCGCUGCCUCACCCAUAUCCAUACCCAGCUCCAGCAUACACUGCACACCCCCCUGGCCACCGGAUGGUCCCGGCUGCACCCCCAGGCCCGGGCCCCCGCCCCCCAGGAGCAGAGAGCCAUGGCUGCCUGCCUGCCACCCGUCCCCCCGGAAGUGACCUUAGAGAGAGCAGAGUUCAGAGGUCGCGGAUGGACUCCAGCGUUUCACCAGCAGCAACCACCGCCUGCGUGCCUUACGCCCCUUCCCGGCCCCCUGGCCUCCCCGGCACCACCACCACCAGCAGCAGUAGCAGCAGCAGCAACACCGGUCUCCGGGGCAUGGAGCCGAACCCAGGCAUUCCCGGCGCUGACCAUUACCAAACGCCCACGCUGGAAGUCACUCACCAGAGCCGCCUGGGGCCCUCGGCACACAGCAGUCGGAAACCGUUCUUGGGGGCUCCAGCUGCCACUCCCCACCUAUCCCUGCCACCUGGACCUUCCUCACCCCCUCCACCACCCUGUCCCCGCCUCUUACGCCCCCCACCACCCCCUGCCUGGUUAAAGGGUGCGGCCUGCCGGGCAGCUCGAGAGGACAGAGAGAUCUUAGAGGAGCUCUUCUUUGGGACUGAGGGACCCCCCCGACCUGCCCCACCACCUCUCCCCCACCGCGAGGGCUUCUUGGGGCCUCUGGCCUCCCGCUUUUCUGUGGGCACUCAGGAUUCUCACACCCCUUCCACUCCCCCAACCCCAACCACCAGCAGUAGCAGCAGCAACAACGGCAGCCACAGCAGCAGCCCUGCUGGGCCUGUGUCCUUUCCCCCACCACCCUAUCUGGCCAGAAGUAUGGACCCCCUUCCCCGGCCUCCCAGCCCAGCACAGAGCCCCCAGGACCCACCUCUUGCACCCCUGACUCUUGCCCUGCCUCCAGCCCCUCCUUCCUCCUGCCACCAAAAUACCUCAGGAAGCUUCAGGCGCCCGGAGAGCCCCCGGCCCAGGGUCUCCUUCCCAAAGACCCCCGAGGUGGGGCCGGGGCCACCCCCAGGUCCCCUGAGUAAAGCCCCCCAGCCUGUGCCGCCUGGGGUUGGGGAACUGCCUGCCCGAGGCCCGCGACUUUUUGAUUUUCCCCCCACCCCGCUGGAGGACCAGUUUGAGGAGCCAGCCGAAUUCAAGAUCUUACCUGAUGGGCUGGCCAACAUCAUGAAGAUGCUGGAUGAAUCUAUUCGCAAGGAGGAGGAACAGCAACAACAGGAAGCAGGCGUGGCCCCCCCGCCCCCUCUGAAGGAGCCCUUUGCCUCUCUGCAGCCUCCAUUUCCCACCGACACAGCCCCCACCACCACUGCUCCUGCCGCCCCUGCUGCCGCCACCACCACCACCACCACCACCACGGCCACCCAGGAAGAGGAGAAGAAGCCACCACCAGCCCUACCGCCACCACCGCCUCUAGCCAAGUUCCCCCCCCCCCCCCAGCCACAGCCACCCCCACCCCCACCCCCACCCGCCAGCCCGGCCAGCCUGCUCAAAUCCUUGGCCUCUGUGCUGGAGGGACAAAAGUACUGUUAUCGGGGGACUGGAGCAGCUGUUUCCACCCGGCCUGGGCCCCUGCCCACCACUCAGUAUUCCCCUGGCCCCCCAUCAGGUGCUACCGCCCCACCGCCCACCUCAGCGGCCCCUAGCGCCCAGGGCUCCCCACAGCCCUCCGCUUCCUCGUCAUCUCAGUUCUCUACCUCAGGCGGGCCCUGGGCCCGGGAGCGCAGGGUGGGCGAAGAGCCAGCCCCGGGCCCCACGACCCCCACCCAGCCACCCCCACCCCUGCCUCUGCCCCCUGCUCGCUCUGAGUCUGAGGUGCUAGAAGAGAUCAGUCGGGCUUGUGAGACCCUUGUGGAGCGGGUGGGCCGGAGUGCCACUGACCCAGCAGACCCAGUGGACACAGCAGACCCAACGGACAGUGGGAUUGAGCGACUACUGCCUCCCACCCAGGCCAAGGAGGAGGGUGGCGGGGUGACAGCAGCAGUGGUGUCAGGCAGCUGUAAGCGGCGACAGAAGGAGCACCAGAAGGAGCAUAGGCGGCACAGGCGGGCCUGUAAGGACAGUGUAGGUCGGCGGCCCCGUGAGGGCAGGGCAAAGGCCAAGGCCAAAGCCCCCAAAGAAAAGAGCCGCCGGGUGCUGGGGAACCUGGACCUGCAGAGUGAGGAGAUCCAGGGUCGUGAGAAGUCCCGGCCCGAUCUUGGCGGGGCCUCCAAGGCCAAGCCACCCACAGCUCCAGCCCCUCCACCAGCUCCUGCACCUCCUGCCCAGCCCACACCCCCAUCAGCCCCUGUCCCUGGAAAGAAGGCUCGGGAGGAAGCUCCAGGGCCACCAGGUGUCAGCCGGGCUGACAUGCUGAAGCUGCGCUCACUUAGUGAGGGGCCCCCCAAGGAGCUGAAGAUCCGGCUCAUCAAGGUAGAGAGUGGUGACAAAGAGACCUUUAUCGCCUCUGAGGUGGAAGAGCGGCGGCUGCGUAUGGCAGACCUUACCAUCAGCCACUGUGCUGCUGAUGUUGUGCGUGCCAGCAAGAAUGCCAAGGUGAAAGGGAAGUUUCGAGAGUCCUACCUUUCCCCUGCCCAGUCUGUGAAACCGAAGAUCAACACUGAGGAGAAGCUGCCCCGGGAAAAACUCAACCCCCCUACACCUAGUAUCUAUCUGGAGAGCAAACGGGAUGCUUUCUCACCAGUCCUGCUGCAGUUCUGUACAGACCCUCGAAAUCCCAUCACAGUGAUCCGGGGCCUGGCGGGCUCCCUGCGGCUCAACUUGGGCCUAUUCUCCACCAAGACACUGGUGGAGGCGAGUGGCGAGCACACCGUGGAGGUCCGCACGCAGGUGCAGCAGCCCUCAGAUGAGAACUGGGACCUAACAGGCACUCGACAGAUCUGGCCCUGCGAGAGCUCCCGUUCCCACACCACCAUUGCCAAGUACGCACAGUAUCAGGCUUCAUCCUUCCAGGAGUCUCUGCAGGAGGAGAAGGAGAGUGAGGAUGAGGAGUCAGAGGAGCCGGACAGCACCACAGGAACCCCUCCUAGCGGCAGCGCACCAGACCCGAAGAACCAUCACAUCAUCAAGUUUGGCACCAACAUCGACCUGUCUGAUGCCAAGCGGUGGAAGCCCCAGCUGCAGGAGUUGCUGAAGCUGCCCGCCUUCAUGCGGGUAACAUCCACGGGCAACAUGCUGAGCCACGUGGGCCACACCAUCCUGGGCAUGAACACGGUGCAGCUGUAUAUGAAGGUGCCCGGCAGCCGAACGCCAGGCCACCAAGAGAAUAACAACUUCUGCUCCGUCAACAUCAACAUUGGCCCAGGUGACUGCGAGUGGUUCGCGGUGCACGAGCACUACUGGGAGACCAUCAGCGCCUUCUGUGACCGGCACGGCGUGGACUACUUGACGGGUUCCUGGUGGCCAAUCCUGGAUGAUCUCUAUGCAUCCAAUAUCCCUGUGUACCGCUUUGUGCAGCGCCCUGGAGAUCUCGUGUGGAUUAAUGCGGGGACUGUGCACUGGGUGCAGGCCACCGGCUGGUGCAACAACAUUGCCUGGAACGUGGGGCCCCUCACCGCCUAUCAGUACCAGCUGGCCCUGGAACGAUAUGAGUGGAACGAGGUGAAGAACGUCAAAUCCAUCGUGCCCAUGAUCCACGUGUCAUGGAACGUGGCUCGCACGGUCAAAAUCAGCGACCCUGACUUGUUCAAGAUGAUCAAAUUCUGCCUGCUCCAGUCCAUGAAGCACUGUCAGGUCCAACGUGAGAGCCUGGUGCGGGCAGGGAAGAAAAUCGCUUACCAGGGCCGGGUCAAGGACGAACCAGCCUACUACUGCAACGAGUGCGAUGUGGAGGUGUUUAACAUCCUGUUCGUGACAAGUGAGAACGGCAGCCGCAACACGUACCUGGUACACUGCGAGGGCUGUGCCCGGCGCCGCAGCGCGGGCCUCCAGGGCGUGGUGGUGCUGGAGCAGUACCGCACGGAGGAGCUGGCGCAGGCCUAUGACGCUUUCACGCUGGCCCCCGCCAGCACGUCGCGAUGAGGCCAGAUGCCCCGCCCGCCCGCCUGCCGGCCCUCGCAGGGCGCCGCGGGGCCACCAGCACACGCCUAGGCUGGACCUGGGUCCCGCCUCUGGCCGGGAAGGGGGUCGGGCCCAGCCCUUCCACCCCAUUGGCAGCUCCCCUCACUUAAUUUAUUAAGAAAAACAUUUUUUUUUUUAGCAAAUAUGAGGAAAAAAGGAAAAAAAAUGGGAGACGGGGGAGGGGGCUAGCAGCCCCUCGCCCACCAGCCCCUCCCCUCACCGACUUUGGCCUUUUUAGCAACAGACACAAGGACCAGGCUCCGGCGGCGGCGGGGGUCACAUACGGGUUCCCUCACCCUGCCAGCCGCCCGCCCGCCCGGCGCAGAUGCACGCGGCUCGUGUAUGUACAUAGACGUUACGGCAGCCGAGGUUUUUAAUGAGAUUCUUUCUAUGGGCUUUACCCCUCCCCCAGAACCUCCUUUUUUACUUCCAAUGCUAGCUGUGACCCCUGUACAUGUCUCUUUAUUCACUUGGUUUAUGAUUUGUAAUUUUUGUUCUUUUUUGUUUUUGGUUUUUAAUUUAUAACAGUCCCACUCACCUCUAUUUAUUCAUUUUUGGGAAAACCCGACCUCCCACACCCCCAAGCCAUCCUGCCCGCCCCUCCGGGGACCGCCCACCGCCGGGCUCUCCCUGCGCCCGUGUGUGUCCGGGCCCGGCCCGACCGUCUCCACCCGUCCGUCCGCGGCUCCAGCCGGGUUCUCAUGGUGCUCAAACCCGCUCCCCUCCCCUGUGUCCUGCACUUUCUCGGACCAGUCCCCCCACUCCUGACCCGACCCCAACCCCGCCUGAGGGUGAGCGACUCCUGUACUGUAGGGGAAGAAGUGGGAACUGAAAUGGUAUUUUGUAAAAAAAAAAUAAAUAAAAUAAAAAAAUUUAAAGGUUUUAAAGAAAACUAUGAGGAAAAGGAACCCCGUCCUUCCCGGUCCCGGCCAACUUUAAAAACACAGACCUUCACCCCCACCCCCUUUUGUUUUUAAGUGUGAAACAACCCAGGGCCAGGGCCUCACUGGGGCAGGGACACCCCGGGGUGAGUUUCUCUGGGGCUUUAUUUUCGUUUUGUUGGUGGUUUUUUGUCCACGCUGGGGCUGCGGAGGGAUGGGGGGUUUACAGUCCCGCACCCUCGCACUGCACUGUCUCUCUGCCCUAGGGGCAGAGGGGUCUUCCCAACCCUACCCCUAUUUUCAGUGAUUUUUGUGUGAGAAUAUUAAUAUUAAAAAUAAAAGCAGAAAAAAAAUCCUGUUUCGCUAACGUGCUGGUUGAUAGCAGGGAGAGUACCGGGAGGGCUGCAAGACCGUGAUUGAUGGGGAGGACUGCGCAGACCCUGGCAAGGGCGAGCCCCUCCCCGGAGGUGCCUGUGGAAUGUCCAGGGCUCUGGUCCGCUCCUCAGGAUGGGGGGUGCCUAAUCCUACAGCCGCAUUCCAGGAUAAGGGGGGUGGGGAGAGGCUGGGCCGGGGGAGGGGCAGGAAAGAGGACUAUAAGGCAGCGGCCCAGGCGGGCGGGAUACAGGCAGGCCAUGGCGGAUGUCCCCGGGGCACAGCGAACGGUUCCCGGCGGCCCAGAGCCCCGGGACCCCCUGGACUGCUGGGCCUGCGCUGUGCUUGUAACAGCCCAGAAUCUGCUGGUGGCUGCCUUCAAUCUUCUCCUGUUGGCGCUGGUGCUAGGGACCAUCUUGCUACCCGCUGUCACCAUGCUGGGCUUCGGCUUCCUCUGCCACUCUCAGUUCCUGCGCUCCCAGGCACCCCCUUGCACCGCGCACCUGCGGGACCCCGGUUUCACGGCCCUUCUGGUCACCGGAUUCCUGCUCCUCGUGCCGCUGCUCGUGCUUGCUCUGGCCAGCUACCGCCGCCUCUGCCUGCGCCUCCGCCUAGCUGAUUGCCUCGUGCCCUACAGCCGAGCCCUUUAUCGGCGUCGGCGCGCCUCGCAGCCGAGGCAAACCCGGGCUUCACCAGGGUCCCAGGCCCUUCCCACAUCAGGAAAGGUCUGGGUCUAAUUAUCCCCGAGUCAAGAAGAACCCUGACGGCUGCCUUCCCUCUUAUUCGGCCUAAGGACUGGAAGCCCCGCAUCUUCCGACCUGCCCUGCCCCCACCCCUGCCUGAUCGGAGUCCUAACAUCCCUUUGGGAACAGCUGCAUCAGUUGACCCAGUGCUGAUGAAAGCCCCUACAUCCCGGAAAACCCCCUUUCCCUCCAUUACCCACUUCUAAAUCCUCAACUUCUGGGCUGGACCCUGCACACCUCCCCUUCAGCCCUGUCGUGAAUGGGACCACAAUCUCAUGCCCUCCUUUUAUGGGGCAGCUCCUCCGGUAUUUCUGGGGCUGGGAGGCGGGGCCGGAGGGGAAGGAGUGUCCACGCAUCAAUAAAGAUUUAACGAACGUGCUCUGCGAA